ACGUCCGCAAUGGCUGCUUGUUUCGCUUCUGUUUCGGCAAUCAUGGCUCGGAUGAGAGAGUCUUGGGAAAGGCGUAUAUACUUAACCGAUAUUGAAUACCGAAGCUGGCAGAAACGAGCUAAUCGAUUACUAUCGGAGUUCAUGCCCUCGUCU